AUGCUGCGACGCCUAUGGGAGAGAGUGUCUAAGGUAGAUGAGGCAAUAGCCCGCUCAUUCGUGGGCCGACACUUUCGUCUGGAAGGGUCUGGACAUCCUUUAGAGCGGAAAGGAUCCAGAUUUUCGACUGAAAUCCGUGCGGGUCUCGUGACAUUUACCGCUAUGGCCUAUAUCCUAUCCGUGAAUUCCAAUAUCCUAUCUGCGUCUGGCGGUCCUUGUGAAUGUAAUGCGGAAUCAUGCGAGAAUGAUCCGGUAUACCAAUCAUGUAAGAAUGACAUUCGCCGAGCCUAUAUCGUAGCAACAGCCGCUGCUGCGUGCAUGUCGUCUGGACUCAUGGGCUUUUUUGCUAAUAUGCCACUGGGACUCGCACCGGGGCUGGGCGCCAAUGCCUAUUUUGCCAAUGUUGUUUCAUCAGGUCUCGUGAGCUAUUCACAAGCGCUUGCUGUUGUAUGGCUCGAAGGAUGGAUCUUUGUGAUCAUAUCUCUCCUAGGAGUACGACAAUGGAUCUCACGACUUCUACCCAACUCGUUGAGACAAAGCACAGGUGCAGGUAUCGGGCUGUACCUCUCCCUUAUUGGACUUAGCUCGAGUGGACUCAAUGUCGUUGGACAAGGAUCCUCCAGCAUUCUCCAAUUCGCCGGCUGUUUACCAGAGUACCAAGACGAGAACGGCAUUUGCACAUCGCAUGUGUUGCAGGACCCAAAGAUGUGGGUGGGCAUCUUCCUGGGUGGCGUCCUGAUUACCUUUCUCAUCCUAUACCGUGUACGAGGUGCCAUGAUCAUCGGCAUUCUACUCGUGUCCGUUUCCUCUUGGCCGCGCGGCUCAGCGGUGACGCAAUUUCCUUACACAGACCAAGGCAACAACAACUGGGACUUUUUCAAAAAAGUGGCCACAUGGAGGAGUAUCAACCCUAUUGGACCUCAGAACAUCGACUGGCAGGGAUACGACACAGGGCAUGCGUGGCUUGCUUUGAUCAUUUUUCUGUAUCUAGACCUGCUGGACACGACAGGUACACUAUACGCCAUGGCAACACAUGCAGGUCUCGUGGACGUUCGCACGGGUGACUUUGAAGGCAGUUCUACGGCAUAUGUUUGUGAUGCCCUCUCCAUUUCUAUGGGCAGCCUCCUGGGAUGCUCACCGUGCACCGCAUUCGUCGAGAGCGCGUCUGGCAUUGCCGAGGGUGGUCGAACAGGUCUUACUGCUGUGACUAUCUCGCUCAUGUUUUUCGUGAGCCUGUUUUUCGCCCCGAUUUUUUCUUCCUUCCCACCGUGGGCUACAGGCAGUGUACUGGUCAUUGUUGGUUCCAUGAUGAUGUCCACUGUGACUGAGGUGAACUGGUCGUAUAUGGGUGACGCGCUCCCGUCCUUCCUAUCUAUUAUCGGCAUUCCCUUUUUCUAUAACAUUGGGUAUGGUCUUAUUGCGGGCAUCAUCUCUUAUAUGAUUCUCAACGUUGUACCGUGGCUGAUCCUCAAAGCGACGCGCGGCAAAGUUGUGCCUGAGGGCUGGUACACGGAACGUGAGCCGUGGGGAGUCGCUGCCACGGCGUCCUUCCUCGACAUAUCAGACAAGCGUCUCACACCCGUACAGCGGUUUAUCGUCCGCAGCAGCAUGUUUCCCCCAUGGCUCAAGAAAUUAUCUAUCGGUCAGAAAUACUUCUGGCGCAUGACACCGGCCGAAAUCGAGGAUCACCUAGAAGGCCGUCGUGUCACAGAACACUACGUCAAAGAGCGCGAAAGAAGACGUCGUGAAGAACGCGAAUUCUUUCGCCACCAUCCACCACCUCCUCGCGAGCCCGAGGAGCAACCGCCCGUCUCUGUCAUGGGCGAGGCCGAGAAGUACGAGAUUUGA